CGCAGCCGACAUUCGACAACACAACAAAAUGCGUACAACAACAAAUACCUGUUGCUGCCGCCGUCGUCGUCGUCGUUGCGAUUAAGAAAAUGCAUCAGAAAAUCACAGCAAUGCCGUCGUUUUGCCACGAUUAUAAUAAUCCGAAGUGUUUGUAAAGUAACAAAUUAAAAAAUGGAAGACCAGGAGUCUGACAACAAAACAUUACCACUUGCCAAAAAGCAAAAAAUUAAUGACGAUGAGUAUCGAUUGGUGGACUCGAACAUCGAUACUAUCAGUUUGAACUUGACCAGACAUUGUUUGUGUCAACUACCUGAAACAUGCAUGUUGAAAGACGUGUUCAGUGUAACUGACAUAAGUAGUUGGAGUAAAGAACGACUAUUAAACUUAUUGAGUUUUGGUCGACUAACUUGUGAUAUUGCACUGAAACAACAAGCUAAUGGUACAAUAUGUCCUAGCAUAAAGCAUCUAAGUGAGGAUUUGGUUGCUAAUAAAACUGGCAUAGUUAAUGAAAUUGUAACCUUGUUGUCUUGCCCUGACCAUUACAUUUCAUAUGCAGCAAGUUAUGCGUUGUCAUACAUAUUUUUAUGUUCCAAUGACAAGCUACAGGAAGUGUGGUUGCAACAGCUGACCGACUUGAUGUUACGUCAAUUGCCAGAAACGUUAGAGCCCGUAAUAUCAGUUUUCAAUCGUGUAUUGUGUUGGAAAGAUGCUCCAAUAACAGAUUUAAAUAAAAUCAAAUUGCCUGAGAACUGUUUCAGCAUAAAAGAUGUCGAAGAUAAUGAAUUUAGGACUGUCAAAACAAAAAUGAUUGAAGUGUUGCAGCCUCAAUGGAGGAUGAUAGUGGUGAAAUUCAUUAGGUACAUGUCUUCAUUUGACCUUUGUACAGACGUCGGUAUUGAGCCAUUUUAUCAUAAAACAGGUCACAACGCUAUUAUUGAAAUCAUUAAAUUGUGGACAUCAAUUGUUUCUAUAAAAACGAACUUGAAUUUCAUGGAUAUCAAAAACUUCUAUGCAGACUUGCAACAAAUGCUGAUACUUUUGAGGAGGCCUAAAAUACACCCGGCCAUAUGGAAAAACAUUAUCAACCUUUUCAACGAGAGUUUAUGUUACACAAGCACUUUGGCCAUACAGGGUACAAUGCAAGAAGAACCUUGCACAUUGGCAAGAGAACUAGUCAAAGCAGUAAAAACCAAGAACAUGCUGACCAAUAUGCCUUUUCGAAAAGGGUUGAGAAAAUAUGGCGGAGGAAAAGGCGACGGGGAUAAAAAAUUGUUGCAAGACACAAUAUUACUUAUUUUAAAAGCUGUUGCGACGAUCAUCAAAGAAACAAAAAACGAUUCCAGUGAUUCUUCAUCUGAAGAAUCUGAAGACUCUGAAGAAAUUGAUGCUGAAAUGGCUAUAAUAGAGAGCAGUGUCAACGACUUAUUACGGAAGGUGGACAUUUGCGUCGAGGAAUGCAUGUCGUAUCUACCCGGAACACCGACUGCCCAAUGGAUUGUGCAGUUGUUUGCGGAUAGAAACGACGUGCUCAUUGAAAGUAUGAUUUGUACGUUGGAUAUUUCGUCAGUUUUAUGCUACCGUCGCAAUUCAUUGCCUAGGUUGAGGGACGUAUUGAAUCCUACUUUAAGUUUAGUCGAAUUUUUACAGACAAUGUCCUAUGACAACGAUAUUAACUUAUUUAUUUUAGACUUGUUAUUGGGUGAUGACACUCAUUUUCUUUUGUAUAUUUGGCAAAUUCUCAAGUUCAUUUGUAAUAGAUGGAACGAAUUCUGCCUUUGUUGCGACACAAAAUUACAGAGUACAAUGGCCGUACUAAUGGGUCUAAUGAAAAGCUUAGAUAACCUUAUUAGAAACAAAUUAAAUCCUUAUAAUCUGAAUCCUGUGUUGCGAUUACUAGUCAGAUGUAAAGAGUUAUAUAGUGGUGUGAGUGACAUGAACAUUUAAUUAUUUAUUAUUUAUCUACAAUAUUUUUUUCAAAGAACACCUUCAAUGAAAAAAAUAUUGUAGAUAACUCUGAUGAUAAAUGGAUUUUUGUUUACCCGUACCAUUUUUUUUAGCAUAACAUAAAAAAAACAUUGUAUAUCUGUAUAACUUCAGUGUGCAACCAAAUAUUUAAUAUUCUGUAUAAAGUAUUAUUUUUUUUAAUUAGAGAAUAAAGUAAUUGAAUAGUUUAGUUCAAAAUGUUACAUGAAAUAAUUUGAUUUAUUUUUCAAAAUCGACCCAAUUAAAUUAAAAUAUUGUAAAUUGAUUAUGUUGAAGAAUCAAAGUUGUAAAUAAAUUAUAUACAAUUUAUAAGAAUAAUGUUCUUGUUAUAAACUUAAAGACUGAUAAAUAAGGACUAUUAUUAAUAUAAAAAUAGGAUCAAUUAGUGUAAGACCUUAAGCCAAGUUGCUAUUGGAUGUUAAGAAUUGUAAAUAUCACAUAAAAAAAAAAAUAAGAAAAUUUUAGAUUAAUUUUAAUGAUUGUACAGUGUUUACUAUUCUUUUUUUUAUUCAGCGAAUUAUAAUAAUUAUUAUUAUUGUUAAGAAUACAUUACAUAAAGAACCUUUUUUCUAUAAUAAACUUCUCAAACAUUUCAAUUUAGUUCUUACUUGUGGUUUGUACUUUUUUAUUAAUAACAUGUACUCUUAUUAGUAUGUGAAAUUUUUAGUUUGAAAACAUUUUUUUUUUUAUUAUCUCUUGAAUCCUGUUUUAUUAGAAUUUUUAUACGCAUUAUUUAUAAUAUUUUUUUUAUUUAGUUUAAAUAAUAUUAACUAAUAAAGUAAUCUAUGUAAACUAUAAUUGGUAAUUUAUAUAGCAUUGAAUUUUUUGUUUUGCAUAUCGAAAUUGUGGUAGGUAAAUAAUUUUUGUUGACGAUUAAAUUUUCAAUUAAUAUUAACUAAUCGUGUAUUAUUUUUUUAUCAAUAUUCAAUUAAGUAAUACCUUUUCAAUUACAGAAUGUUUAGUUAGUUUCUAAAGAAAAUGUUUUUUAUUGUCUGUAUUCAAAUUAUUUUUUAUAUUGAGUGGGUUUAAAUUAUAAAAUGUCCACAAAUGAUGUGGUUGAGCUGUAAUUGUAAUGAAACUAUUUUUAAAAUAAAUACAAUUUAUUUAUAAAAAAAAAUUGAAUAAUGUUAUUGUUGAAUUGUUCAUUUUCUCUGUUUUUUGAAUAAAAUUGUAUUGCAAGCUCCUAUUUUGUAACAAUCCGUCCAAUAUUUUUGUAUAUAAUUUAAUACACCUUGUUUUAAGAAUCCGUAUCAAAGACUAGUUAAUAAAUAUAAUUUUGUUAAAUGCGUGUUACUUAAGUUGUUGUCAAAUUACUUGACGUGGCUAGUACGAUUCUGGCUAGACUCGACGUAGUGACUUGACUACAUUUUUAUGAAUUGUAUUUUCUUCAUAUUAACAAAGUGUAAUAAUGAAUAAAUUAGCUUUGUAUAUUUUAA